GAAGCCAUUACGCCAGUGUCGCAGGGCGGAGGCCGUUGAGCGGGGUUUGCUGGGUGGCUGCGGUACGCAAUUUGCGUAUCGUUGGCGGUAUCAAGGGGGGAGCAGGGGGGGAAGGAAUCCUCCGGGCCCUGAGGGGCCGCGGGGCCCCCCUGUUGUCCCCGGUCCCGGGGGUGAGCAGGCCUGGGGGGCCCUGCCGCCCCUCGGCCCUGCCCAGCAUCCCCCAGGCCCCCCUUGGGCCCGCUCGGCCCCCCUUGGCCUGCAGGUGCCCCCCAGAGCCACCCCCGCCAUCACCCCACCUCAUGGCCAUGGCGUCGCCCCCGGCGCCCCCAGCCAAGAAGCGGAAGAUGAACUUCUCGGAGCGGGAGGUGGAGAUCAUCGUGGAGGAGCUGGAGCGAGGCAAGCACCUCCUCAUCAACCACUUCAACGCAGGGGUGCCCCUGGCCGCCAAGGCCGCCGCCUGGCACGACAUCCUGCGCCGCGUCAACGCCGUCGCCACCUGCCACCGGGAGCUGCCCGAGGUCAAGAAGAAGUGGUCGGACCUGAAGACCGAGGUGCGACGGAAAGUGGCCCAGGUCCGGGCUGCCAUGGAAGGGGGAGGCGAGAGCCAGAACGGCAACGGCAACGGGCCCGAGGGUGAAGACCCAACGGGGAGUGCGACGGCCCCGGUUAUCCUCACCCCCAUGCAGCAACGCAUCUGCAACCUCCUGGGGGAAGCCACCAUCAUCAGUCUGCCCAGUGGGGACUGCACUGCAGGUGACGGGACCGAGAUCCCCAUCACUGCGUCAGCCACCACGGUCACCCUGACCCAGAUUCCAGCAGAGACCACGUACCACAGCCUGGAAGAUGGAGUUGUGGAGUACUGCACGACCGAAGCCCCCACCACGGUCACCACGGAGGCACCUCUGGAGAUGAUGGCCCACCAGCACGAGGUGGCUGCCAAGCCCCAGGAGCUGAAGAGCCGCAUUGCUCUGAACUCAGCCAAGCUCCUGCAGGAGCAGCGAGUGACCAACUUGCACGUCAAGGAGAUUGCCCAGCACCUGGAGCAGCAGAAUGAUUUGCUCCAGAUGAUCCGUCGCUCCCAGGAGGUGCAGGCGUGCGCCCAGGAGCGCCAGGCCCAGGCCAUGGAGGGGACACAGGCAGCACUGAGUGCCCUGAUCCAGGUCCUGCGCCCCAUGAUCAAGGAUUUCCGUCGGUUUUUGCAGAGCAACACACCCAGCCCAUCAGUCACUGCUGACCCCAGCCAGACGGGGCAGCAGGAUGGCCUGAUCCAGUGAAAGGAAGGAUGGGAUGGCUCUCUCUCAGAAAAAAAACCCUGCCUGUGCUGCUGGGGGACAGUGGGAGUGAGGGGUGCUAACUCUGGUCAAUGUGAAGCAGCUUGCCUUGGAGUCUUGCUGAGCCUAAACAGCUUUUUUUUCCUCUGCUAAUCUCAUGCUAAUCUGCCUUUUCAGACUCAUCAUACAGAGCCAUAGCAGGAUGUAUAAUAAGACAGGAACUUAACAUCAGUUGCUUUAGUUCCUUGAAUAAUAGAUUUAUAUAUAUAUAUAUAUAUAAAGAGACAGUUAUUUUUUUAUUUCUGUGUGGAAAAAACUCUCAUGAGUAUGACAACUCUCUCGAGAUCUAUAGCCUUUAACUGACUUCUAAGCUGGUGAGUCUCAUUGUGAUAUCACAGUCCUGCAUCUGGCAAGGUACAGUUAUCCCAAACCCUAGUGCACAGCAGUGAAUGCAUUUCUGGCUCCUGCUGAAAGCAUUUAUUGGAAACAUGGCACCAGAUCUGGUAAAACCAGGUAACAAGUAAGGAUCCUGCUCAUGGAUCUGGACAUCCAGCCCACACAGACCAGCACCAGCACAGUUUAAAUCCCAAUCACAUCCCCUGAGGAUAUAAAGGGGAUUAAAAUAGUGCUCUGUCUGCGUGCAGUCAUGAAAUUUCACUAUAAACUUGGCAAAUGUGAUGAAAAAUUCAUGUCCUUGUUAUCAGAUACUCUCCUGGGAUACAGAUCAGGAGCAAUGUGUUACCUGGCUCUGUGGAGUAAUGCACAAGGACCUAGAUGAGUUUCAGUUGGGUGUAGCAGGUGAAACUCCACCUCUGUCUCAUCUGCAUAGUUUGUCACCUCUCUAAUACCUCCAUCCAUCAAAGCAGAGCUGGCCUGCAGUGCCCCUCCAGCCACACAGCAGUUCCCAACACUCAGGAGUUUGGUAGCUGCUGGUUGGGUGAAUUUUGGAGCAGUUCUUGGUUGUGCUGCUGGGGGUGGUGUUUGUCCUGUUCUUGUUAGGAGCUGGAAGCAAGCACAGCUGAUCUUUGUCAGUUUGCUAGCUGGCUUCUGGGGGCAUUCUGAGACAGGGGGCUGAGGUUCACCUCACUAUUUCCUUACUGUUGUACAGGGUAAAACAUCUGUAGCCACUUCUCUCUCCUUUGAGGUGUUCAGGCUGGGUCCUCAGUGAGAAAGCUUCAUUUCACAGGAUGCUGAAUGUGAGUCUCACAGGCUUGCAGUAAUUUCAUAAACUUUUAGGUGAAAAGAAAGGUCCACUUGUGUGUGCAUGGAAGCAAACUUCAGGAGAAAAAAAAAAGAAGGAAGCAUAAUUCUUCUCCUCGUACCUUGCAACGUGUGCCACAUGUAACAGGCUUGUUGCUUGCCAGGUUUUAUUUUGAAAUGGACAUUUUUCAGGGCUGGUAUUUGCUUGCUCUUAAAUUGCUUUCAGGGCUGAGCCAUGGUGAGAAACAACUGAUGAGAAAGUGAAUUUGCACAAUCAAAUUAAAACUUUACCCAGCCUUUUAUGAGGGGGAUGCUGACAAGGGACCUUGGUUGGAGCAGUAGGUGGAGAGGCUGCUGCUGCCUGUGUCUGGUCUUCACUCACCUCCUCUCAUCUCCAGAUCUGAUGGAAGAGAAAGGGACAGCCCAGCAAGAAGGGUUCAGCCCCUGGAAGGCUCCUGACCCUUCAGCACUGACACCCCAGCUCUGAGUCAGAGCAGCAUCAGCCACAUCUUCUCGCUGUGCUGUCACAUCAGGAGCCCUCACCUGACUCUGCCUCUCAGACUUCAUGGAAUUAAACCAACUGUGCAGCUGAGAUUUAUUUUUAAAGUGAGAACUAUGUCAUAUGUUUUGGUUUACCUCAUUUCUGUAACGAUCUCUCCUUUACAAAUACAAAUUUUAAUAAAAAAUAUGUUUUUGG